AUGCGCCGCUUUCUCUCCAGUGUUCACUCGAGCCAGCCGAAAUUGUACGAGAAGUUGGUGAAAUUCGAGACGGAAAAGGGCAAAAUUGUGGAUUUGGCGGCCGUUUAUGAGGUAAUUUUCUUAAAGAUCACGUCGAAAGUGGGCUGUUUGUGCGCUCGCUUUUUCAUUUUUACGAAUUUCUAGGCUAGCGGCCGGAGAAUUUUCUUGCCCACAAUCUGCAAUAUCAUUUCAGGAUUCGCUCUCUGCUGGUUCUGCUCUGGGCACUGUCGUUGGAUUCCAUGGCUCUCCGGGCUCGCACAAAGAUUUCAAGUACAUCAGACAUCGUCUGGACGACAUGGGAAUCAGGUUCAUUGGAGUCAACUACCCGGGAUUCAAGCAUACUACCAGUUAGAUGCGAAUAUCUACACAUUUUUGCUAAUACAUAAUAUUUCCAGCGUAUCCGGGUCAAUGUCACGGGAAUGUGGAACGACAGAGAUACUCGGAGGCUCUGCUCAACGAGCUCGAUGUUCAAGGAAAAGUGAUAAUAAUGGGACACAGCAGAGGCUGCGAAAACGCUCUGAUCACCACGACUUCCCGCGAUCCGCACGGCCUGAUUAUGAUAAAUCCGACAGGACUGAGAAUCCAUAAAGGAUCGAGGCCGGAGGGAAACUGGAGUCGUUGAGCUACGUGCACAAGAAACUGCCGAAAAGGGUUGGCGACGGAGUGAUGUAUCAUUGUGAGUUGUUUUAUUUUGAACCUCCCCCCAAUGGGCUCCGCUGCAGUGCUCAAAACAGUCGGGUUAAAGUGAAGGACGGCGAAGAGGCGAUCGCGGUGAUCCGAACGGUCCAGAAGUGCGAUUUGGAGAAACAGUUGGAGCACAUUCUCAAGUUGAACGACAUGAAAACGAAGACGAUGAUAACUUUUGGAGGAAGGGAUCAUGUGGUCGAGAAGGAAAUCAUUUUUGAAGCACUUCAGAAGUACAAGGGAUUAAAACACUUUGUAAGCGUCUAAUGUUUUCCGUAGAAUAAUAGUGCAAGUUUGCAGAGUUUCAAGAAAGACAUAUCGGACGAGGAGAGGCGAGAGAUAAUUGGAAUAUUCAAGGAUCACAAGGGAGCUUCGGUGUUCGUCGCCAGCGACAAUCACUUCCAGAACAAGAAGCGAGCGGAUCUCGUUGCCGAAGCUGUUCAGUCCAUGCUAGUCCACUGA